GAAGAACACGGUUUCAGACGUCAUCGUCGUGCUACGGUUAUCGCCAAGCAAAUAUGUCUGCCUAAGGGAAACUCGCAAGUUACAUAGUGGAUAUUUGCAAUAUACAACUGCAAAAAAUACUGAUUUCAUUAUAUUUCCGACGCGAAACGAGGACACCUACGCCGUCACUGGUACACCCGAUCGCCCUAGUUGGAUUUUUGACAGCAAAACAGAUUUAGAAAAGGAUCGUAAGGAUGAACCCUCAGCAGCGGAUUGCCGCUAUCGGGACGGAUAAGGAGCUGAGUGAUCUGCUGGAUUUCAGCGCGAUGUUUUCUCCACCUGUAAACAGUGGGAAAAACAGGCCAACCACUCUUGGAAGCAGCCAGUUCACCACAUCAGGUAUGGAUGAGAGGACAAGCCAAGCAUCAUGGGCCUCAGGUGGCCAGUCCAGCCCGUCCUAUGAGUCCUCCAGGGGGUUUGGAGGCAGCACUCAUUAUGCUGAUCACUUGAGUGACAGUCGAUUAGUGUCCCAUGAAGGAUUGUCCCCAACACCUUUCAUGAGCUCCAGCAUAAUGGGCAAGUCUGAGAGGCCUCCGUUCUCUGGUUAUGGAAGAGAGCCAGGCGUCUCUGGAUGCCAGUCUAGUCUGAGGUCGGACAUGGGCCUGGCAAGCCCAGGGCCCGUCACCACCUCUGGGAAGUCGCCCACUCCGUUCUACUCUUAUACUGGCACCAAUCCACGAAGACGCUCCCUUCAGGACUCUGCUUCACUGGAUCCUCUGCAAACAAAGAAAAUGCGCAAGCCCCCUCCUGGCCUGCCUACAUCUGUGUAUGCACCAUCUCCCAGCUCAGAUGACUUCAACAGAGACUCUCCAUCUUAUCCGUCCCCCAAACCCCCCAGCAGUAUGUUUGCAAACACUUUCUUCGAUGGGACCCACAAUUCCUCUGACCCGUGGAACUCAUCCAGUGGGAUCAGUCAGCCAGGCUAUGGGGGAAUGCUGGGAGGAUCUUCAUCUCACAUGCCACAGUCUGGAAACUACAGCAACCUGCACUCACACGAGCGCCUGAACUACCCGCCACACUCGGUGUCGCCCACAGACAUCAACGCUAGCCUGCCACCCAUGUCCAGCUUCCACCGCGGCAGUGCCAGCACCUCACCCUUCGUCACCGCAUCUCACACCCCACCAGUCAACACCGCAGAGGGAGUUAUGGCUGCUGCCAACCGAGGGAACGCCACUGGAAGCUCUCAGACUGGAGACGCACUGGGAAAAGCCCUAGCUUCGAUUUAUUCUCCUGACCACACCAGCAGUAGUUUCCCCUCAAACCCCUCCACUCCAGUGGGCUCUCCCUCUCCUCUGACGGCUCAGGCGGGCGCUGGCGCAGCAGGUACAGUGGUGACGGCCAGCGGCCCCACAGGAAGGGCAGGUACAACUCAGUGGCCCCGUGCAACUGGACAAGCACCUUCCUCCCCAAACUACGAGAACUCCCUUCACUCUCUGAAAAAUCGUGUGCACCAGCAGCUUCAUGAGCAUCUGCAGGAUGCCAUGUCCUUCUUAAAGGAUGUCUGCGAGUCUCCGAUGGAGGACCGACUGGACAGGCUGGAUGAUGCAAUCCGUGUCCUGCGGAAUCACGCUGUGGGCUCCACUGCCGCCCUGUCCAGCGACAUCCACAGCCUGUUAGGACAAGCGCACAACGGGCCAAUCUCAGCUAUCGGCACCAAUUUCCCCGCUUCUGGAUUGGUCCCCAACCGAACAGCACAAAUGGGUUCUGUUCACCGCGAAGAGACCGUCAGCCUGAACAACAACCACAGCGGCCUGCAGGCCAACGCCGGUGCCACCUCCAGCUCAGAGCUCAACCACCAGGCAGACACAUUCAGAGGAAUCGCUAGUGCUCUGGCAAGUCAAGUCGCUCCUUCUCUGGACCUGAAGAUUGAGAAUCACGAAAAAGAUGACAUGCAUGAUAACCACUCCUCUGACGACCUCAAAUCAGAAGACGAGAGUGAUAAAAGGGAUAUGAAGCAGAAUCGGGGAAGCACUCGACCAAGCAGUGUCAAUGAAGACGAGGACCUGAAUCCUGAGCAGAAGGCAGAGCGUGAGCGAGAAAGGAGGAUGGCCAACAACGCCCGUGAGAGGCUGCGAGUCCGGGAUAUCAAUGAGGCGUUCAAAGAGCUGGGCCGCAUGUGUCAGCUGCACCUGAAGAGCGAGAAGCCCCAGACCAAACUGCUCAUUCUUCACCAGGCCGUCGCUGUCAUUCUCAGCCUCGAACAGCAAGUCAGAGAGAGGAACCUAAACCCCAAAGCAGCCUGCCUUAAGAGGAGGGAGGAGGAGAAGGUGUCAGGGGUUUCAGGUGACCCCCAGCAAGCCCACCCGCCUGUGCACCCGGGCCUCACAGACGCAUCCAACCCCAUGGGCCAUCUGUGAACAGCCAGAUCAAAUGGAUCCCGAUGGCGUGUGUUAGACAGAGUCGGUGACCUUGCUUUCCACGGGCGGACAGGACUCACAGUUUGUGACACAAAUUUGAAAAGACAGACCACUCGAAGCAAAAUUCCACCGUUAAGCAAUCCUGAGAUAGAAGAAAACUGGCAAGUGCCCAGCUCCCUGUGAAGACAUCCCAUAUCGAUAAGCAACUUUCUGCCCACCAGAGAAAAAACAAAAAAAAUCAAGCAUCAAAGCCCCUCAGCACAUAUCGCUGUCUGCAAAAUCCGUGUGCCGCAGCUGUACAAUCAGAGACUGUCGCCACCCCCUCCACCCUCAACGUGGAACUUGCCUUGUGCCUAAACUGAAUUGACGAAUGCAUUGUAACAGCAGUUUGUUCUUUUCUUGCUUUUUUUUUUUUUUUUUUUUUUUUUUUUCCUAUUUAUUAUGUUACUGAGCUGUAAGUCUAUGUUUAAAGGGAAAGUUCUGACAUUGCUAUGAGAAGCUGGUGGCGUUUCAGUAGAUCUGCAGUUUGUCCGUCACAUCAGAGUGGUGUGCUGUCUGCGGCGGAAGGGCCUCUCCGCUCAGACAUCCACUCGAUCAGAUUAAUAUAUAUUCAGAUCAAAUUCCGUGCCCUUGUGAAAGAAUCGGAUGUGUCUAAAAAGAAAAGGAAAAAAGAAAUAAUAUAUUAUUUAUAUUUAUCAUACAUUCAUUCCACAAAUAACAGCAUGAGAAACCAAAACUACCUAAUUCUUUAUGACGUUUGUUGAUAGUGUAGCUCAGAGUCCUCGUCACAGACAGAAAGUUAUGAGUGAGGCAAAAUGGGAUCAGCCUGUGCGUUUUGACCGGAUUCCCUCUCUCGUGGAGACGAUGGUGGAACGGCAAACUCUGGCUUUACUGAAAGGUCAAAGGUCAAACACAAGCUGACAUGUUUAUACUCAUUAGUGAGCAGUACAGAUACAGAAAGCAGAACGUUACAAAACCCCAGCAUUCCCUGCAUAUUUCUUAGUGUCUUAAACGGGAAAGGGGACGCAGUCUCGUCCUUUUGAUUCCUUUGCCAUAUAGUGUUAAAGGUGAAGCGAUUCAGUUUGUUUGUAUUGAGACGUUACUUUAUUUGGUGGAAGAGCUGUGGUUAUGCCGAGGGCAUCUGUACUGAGGAAUCUCUGUUAUACCGCGAGACGUGGCACUGUUGGAAAAGAGUUGGAUUUCAAACGAAGACCAUUCAUUCACCUGGCCUGAAUUGAAGUUUUGUUUUAUGUUCUUUUGUUUUUCUAAAACCAUUAACAACUUAAAAAAAUAGAGAAAAAAAAAAAGAAGAAGAAAUACUCCAAGUAACCACAUGUUAUAUGUUUAUUUGUAAUUGUAUACAAAGCAACUCUCUAGGCUUCAUAGUAAAGCGUAUAUUUGUCGUGUGAAAAUAGAAGGAUGUUCUAAGCUACUUAGAAUGGCUUUGUCUUUCCCCUCAUGCAUUGAAGUACUUGAUACUUGAUCAGCAGAAUGUGAGCGCAAUGUCUGUUCGAAAAAAGAGAAGCUCUAUGAAUUCAAACGCUGUGAGGCAUCGAAAUCAGCAAAACAGUGGAAAUGAUGAACAAAGCCAGUUUGGAUCAGGAUUUUUCUCUGCCAUUAUUUGUUUUCUUUGUAAAUCUGAAGAGAGCAGCAGUCACCACUUUCAUUUUAUACUUCACGUUUUUCUUUGACCAAAAAUGUUUUUUUUUUCUCUCUCUCUCUUUCUGUUUGUCUUCCAUGCGUUCACACCAUCGAAACAAGACUGCCACAUUCUCAUAUGAACCACUCUCUCGAAUACGAAGAACAAAACUUAAGGAAAGAUUUCAGAAUAUCAGCAUUAUUUUCCUUCUGUGUUUUUUCUCUUUCUUUGCUUUGUGGAGAGUUUCUUCCUUAACAAAAUUAUCGUGAAAUCCACUAGUCUUUGUGGCCUUGUUAUACAUUUCAGUAUUCAAGAGCUUGUAUUUUUGCCGGCUGAAAAUUAAUCGAGGUUAUGAGUCAUCUCUUUGUCUGUUGUUUUGUUUUCCCUGUGUUUUCCCCUUCUUCUUCUUUUUUUCUGUGUUCUGUUUUUCCUCUGUUGGAUAUGUUAGAUUUUGCUGUAUGCCCUGAUGCUUUCCCUCAUAACAAAAAAAUUAUGAAAAGGAUAAAAAAAAAAAACAUUUGGCUUAUUUUUCACUAUAGUUAGUCUUUUAUACAAUAAUAUUGUAAGAACAUUUCUUGAAUUCUGAAUAUUACUCUUUCUAGAUUUUUGAAAUCAAAGGUUUUGAGUAAAAAGUUUCUUACUUUAUUUUACUAUAUUAGAUAGUAAAAAAAAAAAUGUACGGUUAUUUACCAUAACCUGUCCAUUAUUAUAAAAAAGAUUAUGGAUAGCAUCUUAAGAACAUACUGUAAGUAGGAUUGUAGCUCGCAGUCUAGUACGUGUGGGGUAUUGUACGAGCUCGAUGUUCCAGAGGAUGUGCUCUCCAUCUCUGUGUCCAGUCUGCAUUGUUGGUUGAUGAACGAUUUGUACCCAUGUCAAAAUUCAAGGUAUUGUCAAUGCACAUCAGAAAACCAGCAGUAAGAAGUCGAAUUCUUUCUUUUUUUUCUGUCUCUGUAACAGAAAACACAAUAUGUAUAUAACAUUUAUGUAGCAAUAAAUGUGCCAUCUUUUUUAA